AUGAAAGACAUUCUUUCCAUUAAACAAGGGUUCGAAGAAUCAUUAAUGGAUUUUUCAGCUCGCGUAGAUUAUUUAAAAACUGAGUACGAAAUGGCUGAAAAAAUUUCUAAUCAGCCGCCGUUAUUCGAAUCUGAAGCUUUUUCAGCUUUGCUAACUAAAAUGGCUAUUAAAGGUUUAAAAUCCAUUUACAGAUUAAAGUGUAGUGAACAAGAAAUGUCUUACGAAGAUUUGCGCACAUACAUGAGAAAAAGCUCUAAUGAACUUUUUUCUUUUCAAAACAAAUCAUUCAGAGGCUCUUCAUAUCAAUCAUAUCCAAACACAAGUUUUCAACGAAAUAGAAACUCAACUUUUAAAAGAUUUGAUCAAAGAAAAAGAAUUUUUAAUAAUCAGAAUCAGAGUCAUGCAUUUAAGUCUUUUCGUUCAUUUGAUAAUAAUAAUAGAACAAGAAAUGAUGUCUCUCGCUAUCACCCUUAUCAAGAUUCGAGAAACAGAUAUACAAACAACAGCUAUUCGAAUGGGAAAAAUUUUCAGAAUCUUUCUAAUGCGUCAUCAAAUAAUUUCAAUAAUCAAAACGCUCGUCAAGGGCCCUCAAAUAUUAAUCCAUACAACCAAAGAAAUUUUUCUUUUAAUGAUCACAGAGAAAAUAACAAUUCUAAAAACUUUUAUGAUCAUGAAGGACGUAACAGAAAUCAAAACAGUGUCAGUAAUUAUGUUGUUCCAAAUUAUCGUGAAACACAGAAUGCUUCUUCUUCUAACGAUUACAAAUAUAAACCAAGUUAUAUGAACGAACUUGCAUCCAUUCAAAGAGAUAUGAAUCAAAUGUCGCUUCAAAACCCUACAACGAACGAUUUUCGAAGAAAAGGAAAAGUUCCUCAAAACUUUCAAUUAAAAGCAAUAGAAGAGGAACAGCAAAAAAACGAUUAA